GCCCCUCCCCCUGGUUACUUUGUGAGACUUGAGAACGCUAGUGCUGACGACGAUUUAUAUUUGAGGAAGAAAGCCAGGAUGCGCAGGUGGCUUUGUUGUUCUUGUCAUGUGGAUGAGUCUUAUCCAUCACAUGAAAGUGAACACCUGAAGAGCCCAGGGAGUUAUGCUGAUGGGAAUCACAAGGGCUCUAAGGCGCCCGCUCCUAUGAAGCCUGAUAUACAAAAGGCAGCACCACCUAUUGAAGUCCCUCCAUUGUCUCUGGAGGAGCUGAAAGAGAAGACUGACAAUUUUGGAUCUAAGUCACUGAUUGGUGAAGGAUCAUAUGGGAGAGUAUAUUAUGCAAGCAUGGAUGAUGGUAAAGCUGUUGCUGUCAAGAAGCUUGACGUUGCAUCUGAGCCUGAGUCAAAUGUUGAGUUUCUGACCCAGGUUUCCAUGGUUUCUAGACUGAGGCAUGACAAUCUUGUUGAGUUGCUUGGUUACUGUGUUGAAGGAAGUCUACGGGUGCUUGCAUAUGAGUUUGCCACCAUGGGUUCGCUGCAUGAUAUAUUGCAUGGUAGAAAGGGAGUUCAAGGAGCACAACCUGGUCCAACACUUGACUGGAUGCAGCGUGUGAGAAUUGCAGUUGAUGCAGCUAGGGGGUUGGAAUACUUGCAUGAGAAGGUUCAACCUCCUAUUAUACAUAGAGAUAUCAGAUCUAGUAAUGUGCUUCUCUUUGAAGAUUUCAAAGCCAAGAUAGCAGAUUUUAAUCUUUCAAAUCAGGCUCCUGAUAUGGCUGCUCGUCUUCAUUCCACUAGAGUUUUGGGAACUUUUGGUUAUCAUGCUCCAGAGUAUGCAAUGACUGGUCAAUUGACACAGAAGAGUGAUGUCUACAGCUUUGGAGUAGUUCUCCUAGAGCUUCUGACUGGGAGAAAGCCUGUCGAUCAUACAAUGCCACGUGGACAGCAGAGUCUUGUGACUUGGGCUACUCCAAGAUUGAGUGAAGAUAAGGUUAAACAAUGUGUAGAUCCCAAGCUGAAAGGAGAAUAUCCUCCCAAAGGAGUUGCAAAGCUUGCAGCUGUGGCAGCUUUGUGUGUACAAUAUGAAGCUGAGUUCCGGCCAAACAUGAGCAUUGUUGUUAAGGCUCUUCAACCGCUUCUAAAGCCACCUGCACCUGCUCUAGAGUCAUGAAUUUAAGUGCUUCCUUAGGACUCUCUGCAUCCUCAAUACAUUCCAGUUUCACUUGCCUGCAGAUAUCAUCAUAAGCUUUAAAUAUAUAUAUAUAUAUAUAUAUAUAUAUUUUACUUUUCGUAUAUGAGAUUGGAUAUGAUAUGUAGGGUUGAUUUAUUGUCAUUGCUAAGUUCUUUGUUGCUGGAGCUGAUUAUUGGUAACAAAUUUUCCAGUCAUAAAUUGAUUUGGGGUGUUGGGUUGAGGUGGAUAUAUUUGUCACUGGAUAUAGAAUUGUAGAUUGCUUGCUUUGACUAGUGUUUUUCUGAGUGAGGCUGUC